AUGGGAAUCCCCCAUCUCUUCACCCAUCUCGGGCCAUAUGGUGUUGACACUCUUCUCACCGGCAUCAAGAUCAUCAUUGAUGGUCCCUCCUUUGCCUAUCACAUCCACAGUCUGUGCUCAAGCAACAGAGCUGGCCAGGUUUCCCACAAGCUUCUGUGCGAUGCCGCCAUAAGCUGGCUGGAUGCCCUGUCCAAGGGCUCCAAAGUGUAA